AUGGCGUUUGUGAAUGCCGCCUCGGUGCGGCCACCCUCGAGCUACUCGGGCUACGCGCUCGGCCAGGUUCGACCCGAGACCCGGCGGAGCCGAACCAGCCUGAGCCCUGUGAUGCCAGCGCCUCUUGGGCCCUCCUACAGCGCCACGAGCCUGGUGUCUGCGGAAAGUGGGCCCAGUGCCAGAGCCCCGCCUCGUAGCGCAGGGUCGGUGCUCGGGCAGGGCCAGGUGUUGCAGGCUCCUCCGGCUCCUCCAUCAGUUCAACCGGUGAUCGCCUUGCAAGGGCCCCUGCAAGCGGAGCAGAUGGUUUGGCCGCCGGAUCCGACUGGACGAUCUGUGCCGCAACCAGUACCGCUCUUUGGAAGGACCUUGAGAUCCUCACCGGGCUCUACCACAUCCUUGCAGGGUGCAGCUCAGAGUUCACUGGUGAUGCCUGCACCUGUGGCAAAGCCCAUGUGGGUUAUCGAGGAGGUGAUCGACUUCGAUGUCGAGGAGAAGGAGGAAGAUCCUGAUCUUGACGAUUUCGGACGUGUUUGCCAGUCACGAUUCUUCCCGGCUUCGCUCUUGGAAGGCUGCAUGUUGUGGAACUGCAGCGAGGAUGACGAGAUGGCCGGAGAGGUCGCGGAGAUGGUCAAAGAUGACCAGGAGAUGUCCCGAGUCAACAGGAUAGCUGAAGCCCUGGGACUCGAGUGCAUCGGAUGGGUCUUUACAUCUCUCCCCUUGGAGGAUGGCCUUCUUCUCUCCCCCGAAGAGGUGGUUCGAAUCGCGAGGCUUCAGAAUGACCACUCGACCGACAAGCAUUUUACAAAGUAUACUUUGUCCAAGUUCGUGUCGUGCGCUGUGCGCCCCGACCCUGCACAUAACGGAGCGCCUGGGAUCAACCCUUUCAUGGUCUCGGAGCAGGCCUGCUCCAUGCUCCGCGAUGGAAUCCUGACCUCCACGCCCAGCGAGCGACGGGCCUGCGUGGUCCGCGAGGCCGGCAAAGACGAGAUGAUUCCGGACUUCGUCUGCGAAGGUAGAUCUAGCAAGAAGAUUGCCACCGACUUCUUCAUUGUGCGAGUAAACGAUACUGCGCCGAAGAAGCAUCAGCGACUGCUGACGCACGCUGAGUUUCCACGGGAAAAUCGUCCCACGCACCCUCAGCGAAGAGAAGACUUGAAAAAGUUCUUCAGCAAAAUACCGAAGUCGGAGCCAUCUUGGUCCCGUUUCGCCGACUUCCACUUGCUCCUGUAUAUUGCCAAGGAGAUCGACGUCGACACAGCGGUGACGAUCGCCGAGUGUGUGCGUGAUCGAAAGGACAUCCCAGAAGGAGUUACGAUGAUCUUCAACGAGCUCACGCAGUAA